UUUAAAAAAAUAAAAAAAUAUUUAAAUACUAAAAUGCAUUCUAUUGUGAUAUUUUCAAUGACUGUGAUUACUUUUUUGAUGAUUAAUGUUAAUGGUGAAAAUUGCAAUGGUAAAAAAUGUAAUAACAAUCAAGUAUGUGCAAAAUUUUGUGUUAAAGGUAAAGAAAAUAAUUUAGUCUGUGGCUUCAAUGAUCAUAAAUGUCCAGUGGGAUAUACAUGCCAUAAUGAAUGUAAAGAUAAAUCUGAUAUGCAACCUUGCAAUCCUCAGCAAUAUUAUUGUCCUAAAAAUUACAAGUGUAAUGGUGGCGGCAUUUGCAUGCCAAAAUAGGUCAGAAAAUAAUUUUUAUUUUGAAAUAAAAGGAGAAUCUGUGUAA